AUGGAUCACAAACAUACUGUCGCUCUACUAAACAAACUCAACCUCACAGCCCGUUCGACAUUCUACUCUUUCGAAGAGAUUCCCGACACUCCUCCUGCGAUCACAGUACUAAAACGGGUUCCUAUUCCACUCACAUCUCAGCCAUCUUCCUUUAAGAAGCUCUCAACAAGUUCCAUCAAGAGCACGAAGUCUCUAUCAGGAUUUAGCUAUCUGGCUGGCGAUGUCCCUUGUAAAUGCCGAAAUGUGCUUUCGGUAUCGUCCCAAAGUUUGCCUCGGUCAAGCUCAUACAGGGAACUUACUUCUGAUAGCAGUCAAAAACCAAAAGCGAAAUUGAAGCGCCGUCCUGGUAUCAAACGCGUUCUUCCGAGGAGAAAAACCGCCCAAUUUUAUACUCCAGUAGUUGAUGUUCCUGUUCAUUUACCUCAAACAGAGAUGUUUCAACAUUUCUCUGGUAUGCCACCUGAUCCGGACGUAAUGAUGGAGGGUUAUCUCUACAAGCGAUCUUCGAAUGCAUUUAAAACCUGGAAUAGACGUUGGUUUCAAAUUAAAGACAACAAAUUGCUGUACUCACAUCGUUCUGCUGAUCCUGAGCCGCCAACCGUCAUGGAAGAGAACCUUAUGCUGUGUUUAGUCCGCCCAGCGCCAUCAUCUAUUGAUCGAGUUGGAUGUUUUGAGCUGGUUACUCCUACAAGGUAAUA